GGACUAGAUCGACCUGAGACACUUCAUUCCAUUUCGCAAGAAAGUUCAUUUCGUAAUUCUUCAUUCCUCAUUCUUUUUCUUUUGUAUUUGUAUCACUGUCAAGCGGUGCAUUCAACCCUCCACUGCUCCUCUCAUCACUUUUUUAAACAAUUUCUACCUUAUCAUUCAUAUCCAGAUAAAAAAAGAAGAAAAAAAAUGGCUCAAGAUUCUUCUGUAAACGAACCUUUGCUUGGAAGCCGUCGUGGACCCUCUAAUGAAGACCAUCGUCAUCAGCGCUCUUACCAUACGACUAAAUCUACUCCCACGUCAACAGAAUUUGGUCUGACUGUACAGGAUUUGGCACCUCUCACAGAUCCCACGAAUCCUACACUCCCUAGUCAAAUGGGGGGUAUUCAAGAGAUUUGUAAAGCACUUAAAGUCGAUCCUAACGUCGGUCUGCACUCAGAUGAAGCACCAGAAUCAUCGCUAGGCAAAUCAAAUGAACUAAAAUUCGCUGCAAGAUCCAAAGCCUUUGGACGCAACAUCCUGCCAGCCGUCAAGAGUACCACCUUUUUUGAGUUCGUCAAAAAGACAUUUAAUGACCGCACACUCAUCUUGUUAAGCAUUGCAGCCUUCGUGUCUUUGGGUGUGAGUGUAUAUCAGGAUUAUGGCCCACAGCACGAUCCUAGUGAGCCCCGUGUUGGUUGGGUCGAAGGUGCUGCCAUUUUGGCCGCAGUAGCAGCGGUUGUAUUCACCAAUGCCAUAAAUGACUAUCAAAAGGAACGUCAGUUCCGUAAACUGGAUGCAAAAAAGGAGGACCGUUGUGUGACACUUCUACGAGAUGGUCGUGAGCAGGAGGUCAAUGUCAAGGAGAUCCAAGUUGGGGAUAUCAUGCUUCUGCAGCCCGGCGACCUACUAAAGGUUGAUGGGAUCGUUCUCACGUGCCACAACAUUACAUGCGAUGAAUCUUCUGCAACGGGCGAAUCAGACGCCGUGAAGAAGGAUACAGAAGAGAAAUGCUAUAUUAUAUCGGGAUCAAAGAUUCUUGAUGGAUCCGGCACUAUGCUCGUUACUGCAGUGGGGCCGAAUUCAUUCUUUGGAAAAACUAUGAUGGCUAUGCGCGAGGCUACACCCGAAGAGACCCCUCUUCAGGCUAAGCUUGGUGCUUUAGCAGAAUCUAUUGCUAAACUGGGAAUGGCAUCCUCAAUCUCUAUGCUAGCCAUUCUUGCUGUAAAGUACUUUGUCAAAGCUGCUCUAUCCAACAAACCCUUCCCUUCUAUCACGGACAUCUUCUCUGAUAUGAUCAAAAUUAUCAUCCAGGCUAUUACCAUCAUCGUUGUUGCCGUUCCUGAAGGUCUUCCGAUGGCAGUUACUCUAGCUCUUGCGUACGCAACUACACAGAUGUUGAAGGAUAACAACUUGGUCCGCGUCCUUUCUGCAUGUGAGACCAUGGGUAAUGCCACCACUGUCUGUUCUGAUAAGACAGGAACAUUGACUCAGAAUAAAAUGGCUGUAGUGGAGGGAACCCUUUCAGCGCUGUCGUUUAACUCCAUAGACGGUAUCAAGACAUGGAAGAAUGAAGUCCCUCCAGAGGCUGUCAACCUGGUUAUUGAGGGGAUCGCCGUCAAUUCAUCAGCAUUCGAAGACAAGGAUCAAAAUGGCAACAUCGAAUUUAUUGGAUCUAAAACUGAGUCUGCGUUGCUAGGCUUCAUCAAGCACUUGGGUGUUUCCUAUAAGACCAUCCGCUCGGACGUCAAGGUUGUCAAAAUGUAUCCUUUCAGUUCAGCUAAAAAGACCAUGUCUUGCGUUGUGCAAUCGCCUCAAGGCAAGGAACCUUAUCGUCUUUAUGUGAAAGGCGCCUCCGAGAUUGUCAUGGAUUAUUGCACCCAUUAUAGGGAUUCAGAAGGCGAGUUGAAACCGCUGGAUGAUGACUCUCGCAUCAAGUUUGAUCAAAUUAUCAGUCAGUAUGCCGACAAAGCUCUCCGAACCAUCGCACUAUGCUAUCGCGACGUUUCUUCGUCCGAGUUCAAAAAAUUUGAAGAGGAAGAAGCUCCACAUGAAAAGCUGAUAUGCCUGGGCAUUGUUGGGAUCCGGGAUCCAUUGAGGCCUGGUGUCAUAGAGAGUGUUCGCAAGUUCGCGAGGGCUGGAGUCACUGUCAGGAUGAUCACUGGAGACAACAUUCAAACCGCAUGUGCAAUUGCUGCGGAAGCUGGCAUUUUGACCAAGGGGGGGGUAGCUAUGACAGGGCCAGAGUUCAGGGAGCUGACUGAGGAAGGCCAAACUGAAACUGUUAAGCGUCUUCAAGUGUUGGCCCGCAGUAGCCCAACUGAUAAAACUCUUGUUGUCCGUCGUCUACAGGAACUCGGCGAGAUUGUGGCUGUGACAGGAGAUGGAACGAAUGAUGGACCAGCACUCAAAACAGCAGACGUUGGAUUUUCGAUGGGGAUCGCUGGAACAGAGGUCGCGAAGGAGGCAUCUGAGAUCAUAUUGAUGGACGAUAAUUUUAGCAGUAUCUUAAAAGCAUUGAUGUGGGGCCGAUCAAUCAACGACUCUGUCCAAAAAUUUUUACAAUUUCAACUCGGCGUUAAUAUUUCAGCGGUCACAUUGUCUUUUAUUUCUGCAGCAACCUCUGACAACAACCAGUCUGUGCUCUCUGCUGUUCAGCUGCUCUGGGUCAACUUGAUCAUGGAUACUCUUGCUGCGCUGGCGCUAGCAACAGAACCUCCUACGCUUGACAUUCUCGACCGCUUCCCUAUAGCCAAAUCUGCCCCUUUGAUCACCUUUAGUAUGUGGAAGAUGAUCCUCGGUCAAGCCAUUUUUCAGAUUGCCCUCAACUUGACCCUUCUCAAAUAUGGUGCUCAACUUUUUCAUCUUCAGUCACAGGAUGGUACCAUAUCACCAGAGCAUCGUUUGACGCUUCGUACCAUGAUAUUCAACAUAUUUGUAUUCUUACAAUUGUUCAAUGAGCUAAACUGUCGCCGAAUUGAUGACACACUCAACGUAUUCAAGAACCUGAAAAAUAACACGAUCUUCAUCUUGGUGCAGAUCAUUGUUGUGGCAGGUCAAGUCAUAAUUGUUCAGUUUGGAGGCCAGGCUUUCAAAACAACACCUUUGACAGCUCAUCAAUGGAUGCUAACAAUACUGAUUGGGUCCAUGUCGCUACCUAUGGGGGUAUUCCUGAGGCUAAUACCAAGAAAACUUAUUCCUGGGGUUAAUGAAACAGAAGGACGGCGACCGUUGCUGGACCGAGCGCGUUUGCGGUGGGAAGGAGCCGCGAACAUGGUGGUUGCCCAGAGCAACUUGUUCGAGGCAAUCCGAAAAAAGAGAGGGAAUCAUGGAAGGAUGUCAAGGAAGUAA